UGUGUCUUAAAUCUUUUUUAUUCAGUCAAUGAAGAGGUGUUCUGAAAAUGUCUACGUGUUUUGGUCACUGUUGACAGUAGCUGCAGAAAUCCCGUAAUAAAUAACUCAUGGAACUUGAAUCUGGGUUGUUUUUGGUUUUGGUUGGUUGGUAUGUUUGUUUUAAAAGAGCAAGUUGGAAUUUGAACUCUCAUGAUCUCAACUGUAAAGUGGAAUAACUGUAGCCCAGUAUUGCAAUGGAUGAGGAAGAAGAAAUUAUCGGUCUUUGCCUAUUUCGAAGUUUAGGAAGGGUUACUCAUCCACAUUAUCUACUUAAUCCAUUGAUGGGUGAUUUUGUCUCUGACUGGUCUCCUUUACAUGAAGCAUCCAUUCAUGGGAGACUACUUGCUCUGAAGAAACUCAUCAAUCAGGGAGCUAGUGUGAAUUUUAGAACAACAGAUUGUGUAUCUCCUCUCCAUGAAGCUUGCUUAGGAGGACAUGCUGCAUGUGUCAGUGUCUUAUUAAAACAUGGGGCCAAUGUAAAUGCCACUACAAUUGACUGGAACACACCCCUGUUUAAUGCUUGUGUCAGUGGUAGCGUUGACUGCUUGAACCUGUUACUGCAACACAGAGCCAGCCCACAUCCAGUUUGUGACCUGGCAUCCCCCAUCCAUGAAGCUGCUAAAAGAGGUCAUACCAAAUGUGUGGAAACUCUUCUGUCCAAUGGAGUCAGUGUUGAUCAUAACAUAAAGCAUCUUGGAACUCCACUGUAUGUUGCUUGUGAGAAUCAGCAGUUGAAAUGUGCCAAAAAGUUACUUGAGUCAGGUGCAAGUGCAAAUAACGGAAAAGGCCUGGAUUCUCCUCUCCACAUAGCUGCUCAAACCUCCAAUGUCGACAUGGUCCAUUUGCUCAUUGACUUUGGAGCAAAUACUAGGGCUGUUAAUGCAGAAGGCAAAAAGCCAAUAGAGCUGGUUCCAGCCAACAGUGCACUAAUGCAGAUAUUUCUGCAGAGAGAAGGGCCAUUCUCCUUGAUGCAGUUAUGUCGUCUGUGCAUCCGGAGUUACUUGGGAGUCAAAAAGAAAAAGACAAUUAGUGAACUUAUGUUACCAGAUGAGCUAAAGAAGUUUCUUUUGUAUCUAUAAAAAGUGUUAUAUUCCUUGCUGAUAUAUACUGUGCAAGUUUUACUUCCUAGCAAAAUUGUUUGUACAAUGUACAUUCCAAAUAUCCGAUCAGGAUUUUCAAUAGUGCUAGUUUGUUUACCCCUGCAUAUUUUAAUUGUUAGUUCCUAUUUGGACAUUAACUAAAUUUAAAAACUAAAUUAAAAAGAAAUAAAAAUCUUGUAGCAGAAUUUCGAUUCCAUAUAGCUGAUUAUCUGAGGUGUGUUAUAAAUGCUUCUAUAGUAAAUAGAAGAUGCCAAGCAUAUACAAUAUUGUGUUCUGUUAUUAUUAACAAUUUUCUGUGAUAUGAUCCCACAACUAAUCCACAAAGUAUUGUUGUUGUUGUCAUUAACAAUUUUCAGGAAAUCAUAUUGUUUAACAAAAACUGGCAGUGUGAUGUUCAUAAGAACUGGUAUGGGCACAAACACUUUCCAUGGCAUGUUUGGAUUUCUUGAGUUUAAUUAAAAUACGUAAAAAGUGAAAGGUAAGUUUCAUGUAGUUUGGGUCAACAACAAUUUAUUAUUACAGUCUUAGACCAGAGACCAGAACAAAUAAAAGUUCUCACUAUAUAUACACUUAAAAAUUCUAGUAUAAAAUAAUAUAUAACAACUAAAAUCUAUAAUAAAAUCCAGUGUCAAUUAUACAUGGUCUGACUAUAUGAUAGUUGCAAUCUGUAAACUGUGUGGCCCAUUGUAGAUACAAUGCUAAAAGAGAAAUGACUAAGCAAUGCAAAGAAUUUGCCACAAUUGUUAUAUAACAUUGCUAUGAUGGAGAAGACAUGUGUUUGCGAUGAAUCCCCGGUGCUGCUGCACAGAAUCUAGCCACCUGGGCUGUAGUUAUGGACUGUUCAUCCUUAAACAGCCAUCCUUAAGCUAUUUCAAGCAGAUAGGUAGAGUCAGAACGGCCAGGAUACCUAGCAGUUUUGGCAGAAUAUGUUUUUUCCUAAUCUCCAUAUAAAAGGAACAUCUAAGGAGCAUGUGGCCCACAGUCUCCACCUUUCCUGAGCUGCAGGCACAGUCUUUCCGUGAAUGGUAUCCUUUUAUACUUGUCAUACAGGAUGGCUGAUGGAAUCGCAUGGCUUGCUGACUCCAACUGACUAAGAUAGCUGGCAGGAGCAACAACACAUCUAAUAGCAUCUGGAACCAGAAACGGGGAUCUUUUCCUAAUUCCACCUGCCUCUCGAUAUCCUCCAUCCUUUGUCGCAAGAUUUGUCUUGCUAGGUCAUAGUCCAUCUUGAGUAUUAAAGCUGGGGAAAAGCCUAGUUUAGCAAGGUUGGACUCAACAGCCUUAAUCCAUGAUGAAGAGAAUUUGUCUUGGAGAAUUAACGGAAAGAAGUUAAGCUUUAGCCAGAGAUUUAAGGAUGCUAUACAGAUUUAUUGCUUCAACUUUUGUCAAUCCUGUCUCCAUGCACAGAAGUGCGUUUGAGACACAAUGCAGCAUCUGGAGAAUUGAUCUAAUGAAUUUAGAUUGAACUAUUUCUAGAUGCAAAACAUGAAGCUGAUGGUCUGAGCAAGGUCCCAUAAAGAAGUUGUGCUAGUGACUUGGCCAGAAAAAGCUUAAUUACAGCGGGAACAUAAUAUCCUCCCUUUGUGCAUAAACAAAUUAAGAGUGGUGCUCACUGAUCUUUAGACCAAGGCAACUGCAUAUUCUCCAUUCUCUUUUCUUGAACGAUUGGCCUGAAUGACCACCCCCAGAUAUUUGAAGGUGGUUACCUGCUCUAUUUUGUGGCCAUUUAGGUACCAUCAAUAAAGUUUUGGCCUUUUUGCAAAGGGCAUGAUCUUUGUUUUCUCAUAAUUUAUAUCCAGUUUAUUGUAAUUACAGUACUGGAGAAGGGCUCACAAGGCUCUUUUAAGAUCUACUGGUGUCCUGGACAGGAUCACAGCAUUAUCUGCAUAGAACAGGAAGGCGAUGCUUCAGUCACCUAUUUUUGGGGGAUAGUGAUUUGGUUUGCUUAGCCAUUUUACCGUGUCAUUUAUGUAAAAGUUGAAAGGGGGCAGGCGGCAAAAUGCACCCCUGUUUAACCCCCUUUUGAGUUUUAACUGACUUCGAGAGGGACUCUUGCAUAUUACACCUUGAGGGAUGUUUUAGUAUGUAGGGCACGUAAUAGAUGAAGAAGCCUGUGGUCAGUUGAGGCAGCUACCAGCUUCUCCCAUAGCUUAGUCCUGGUAACCAUAUCAAAGGCUGCCUUGAGAGCUAUAAAACUGUCAUAAUGAUACAGGUCUAUUUGAUAUGUAUUUUUCAAUCAGAUGAUGAAGAAUUAAACACUGUUCUGUGGUGCCUGUCCCCUCUCUAAACCCAGCUUGUUCGUCAGUGAUCAAAAUCUCAGGAUCCCAGCCACUCCUUUAGUUUAUCUUAGAGGUGUUGGGUAUAGAGUUUGCUGAUUAUGUUUAGAAGACUUAUUGGUCUGUAAUUGGCAGGAUCAUCUCUCUUUCCCUUUUUAAAAAUUGGGACAAUUGCCAAGCCCCAAUCUUCUGGGACAUAGCCAGUGGAGUCGAUAUAAGUGAAUAGCGCCACCAGAACUGGUAUCCAGCAUUCCAAAUUGUUCUUUAGUAAUUCAGCGGUAAUGAAGUCAGCUCCUGGAGCCUUCCCAGUCCUGAGUUGGCCAAUGAGCAAUUUGAUUUCGGACUCUGAAACCAGGGGCCAUUCAGGUACGUCCUUCAUUGUAUACCUUAUACCAGGGGUAGUCAACCUUUUUAUUAUUAUUAUUAUUAUUAUUAUUAUUAUUAUUAUUAUUAUUAUUAUUAUUAUUAUUAUUAUUAUUAUUAUUAUUAUUAUUAUUAUUAUUAUUAUUAUUAAUUCGAUUUUUAUACCGCCCUUCUCCCGAAGGACUCAGGGCAGUGUACAGCCAAAGUAAAACAAACAAUACAAUAUACAAUUAAAAUACAAAUUAAAAAACUUAUUUUAUGAUUGGCCUAAAAAACUU